AUGGCAAACAAUCACAGACAAAGGGUCAACCCCCUCCGCCCUUACUAUGUCCCUCCUACGAUCGGGGAAUCUAACUUCGAAUCGUCCAACAUCCCCGGUCCCAAUGCCUUCUCCCGCUCAGCAAAUGGAUCCGCCAAGUACGCGUCCAAGGCACGCGACAUGUUUUCGGAUCUCGAUUACAAGGACUACAUCUCUGAACCAUCGCCCUCGGUUGUUGGAAACAUCAAGGAGGUGAUCAACGAGCUCAUGUGGAAAUACACCACCGUGUUUCUGGCGCAGCCCUUCGACGCCGCCAAGUUGAUCUUGCAGGUCCGCACCCAGGAUGACGUUGGCAGUCGAGCUUCAAUGCAACUCCAUAUGGCGAAGUAUCUCUCAGAUUCAGAAGGCGACGAGCCUGCGUACUUCACCUCGACUGUUCCUCAUACACCGUCCCCAGCACGUACACGAAGGAGACGGUCCAUAACACCGCCACCAGAAACGCCCAAGACUGCGAAGAAGUCUACGCUGCCGCCCCACAUGCUCAACAUCCGCCGGCCGGACUCGAUUACGGAGGUCAUGUCGCAGCUAUGGCAGAAUGAGGGGGCAUGGGGCGUGUGCAAGGGGACAAACGCUACCUUUGUCUACAAGGUAUUACAGUCUCUGCUGGAAGCCUGGUCAAGGAGUCUGCUGUGCGCACUCCUGGAUGUGCCGGAUCUCGGCCUCAAGACGGAUAUGGACCGCCUGGUGGACAUUGCAUCCCCUUACCCCUGGGCCUCUCUGUGUGUUGCGGCUGCAGCUGCCGUGAUCACAGGCCUCAUUCUUUCUCCUCUGGACCUCGUCCGGACAAGGUCUAUCAUCACAUCAACGUCACGGGGUCCACGGCGGACACUGGGCAUAUUGCGCUCUUUGCCUUCAUAUAUGUGUUCAUCAAGCCUUGUACUUCCUACCGCCCUCCACUCCUUCAUCCAGCCUAUUCUCCGGCUGUCGACGCCCUUAGUCCUGCGGACCAAAUUUAUGAUUGAUAGUGAGGUGUCCCCGACGACCUUCUCCCUCGCAAAGUUCUGCUCGUCGACAGUCGCUCUGUUCGUCAGCCUGCCGCUGGAGACGGUGCUUCGUCGGGGCCAGGUUGCCGUGCUGAGCUCGCCAGAGUACGUCCGCGCCAUUGAGGGAGGCGGCAGCUCAGCCAAGAGCGGUCGCAGUGGUGGGGAGAUGGGUACUGCGACAACUUCGCUUGAGACGAUCGUGCCUCCAGGGAAAUACGACGGCAUUUUUGGCACCAUGUAUACGAUCGUGAACGAGGAAGGAUCGAGAGCCGUUCCGUCAACACCGGCAGCAAGGACACGAGCUGCGUCUAAGAAGGGCAAGCCGCGGGUUGCCGAGACCGUAUUCCGACGAGGUCAAGGCGUCGAGGGACUGUGGAGAGGAUGGAAGGUCAACUGGUGGGGAUUGGUUGGGCUGUGGGCGGCUGCGAAUGUGGGAGGUGGAGGGGACGGAGAGUUUUGAUCGGGUCCGAUCAGGGCCUGCUCGUACGAAGUCUAUGAAGUCCGUCUUCAGACGGAGGGAGACAGGAAUGUGGGCGAGACUGGUCAUCACAUUCAUGCGAAAGAACGUGGCAGGUGUGUGUGGGCCGCCGUCUUGGCAGAAGCAAGCGGGUGUUCAAUGGUUGAAUUUCUCUCUCUACUCAUGAAUGACGGUAUGAUAUCCCUGCCUCGUUAGUUGUAUUAUGUAUAUUGGUUGCGGACAUAAAGACGUGCAAAUAUACACAUCUCACUUUAGGUCU